AUGUCGAAACCAAACCCCUUUUUAAAUCUCUUCAGGAGAUACUACUCGCAAAGGAUAAUCCCCCUCACACGAACCACCCGCCCAAUACAAUCCAGCCCGCAAUGCCUCCGCGCACGCCUCCACCCGCAAUUCCUCCUCUUCCGCACCCAAAAGCGCAAUGUAGGCGGCGGCCCCGGCCUCGACCCAAACUUCGUCUCUAUCCUUGAUCGGCCGGCGAAAAUGGCGCGCGCAGGCAAACAACACGGACCAGGCCUCAUCAUCCUCGCCAUCAUACCCAUAACCGCCUUCGUGCUCGGGUGCUGGCAGGUGCAACGGCUGGGCUGGAAAACAGAUCUAAUAGCGCGAUUUGAAGAUCGAUUGACGUUCCCGCCGCUGGAACUGCCGCUGCGAAUCGACCCGGAGGCCAUCAAGGAUUUCGACUAUAGAAAGGUGUAUGCGACGGGCGUGCUAAGACAUGACCAGGAAAUGCUGAUUGGGCCGCGCAUGCUGGAUGGCGAGGAGGGGUACACGGUUGUUACGCCGUUGGAGCGCAGGGAUGCGAGGGGCAAUGUGCACAAGAUACUAGCGUGUAGGGGGUGGAUUAAGAAGGAAGCGAGUCCGCAGUGGUUUCGUAAGAAGAACGGGGCGCUGCCAGAGGGAGAGGUUACGAUUGAGGGGUUGCUGAGGGUGCCGCCAAAGGGAAACAUGUUUACACCGAAGAAUGAGCCAGAGAAGGGGAAAUGGUUUUUUCCGAGUGUGGAGGAAAUGGCAGAGUAUAGCGGGAGUCAGCCAGUCUGGGUGGAGGAGACAAUGACGCCGGAUUUGCUCACAAAUUAUGAGCGCGAACCAAAGGGCGUACCCAUUGGUAGGCCGCCAACCGUAAAUCUGCGCAACAAUCAUACACAGUACAUCUUCACAUGGUACGCAUUGAGUCUUGCGACAUCCGUAAUGUUCUGGAUGGUCGUCAAGAAGCCCAUGUCAGGCACCCAACGACGGGUACGACAGAGCGUGGACUGGUCAUAA